AUGACCAGUGGUUGCCGAACGAUCUCGAAAUCCCUUUGUGUUCCUCAUUGCCACAACCGAACCCUCAGACUCUUUAUUAUGCGACGCAUUACGGAGCAUCCUCACCGAACAGUUCAGAACCAGAAAUGGAUGCUGUAUUUGCUAGUUACACCGGUGUUAGGGCAAAUAAUCAAUACAUCAAUACACAAGCUCGGGCCCAGCCAGAGCAGACUUCCUUUUUCCAGGAGAAGAAAAUCAGUCGACCAUUGGGAUCGUAACCCAGCUCUACUACACAGUGACCUAUUGAGCCAAUCUAUAAAGGACCUUAUCAAGGCUCUGGGCCCUUUGCUUGCUCGUUAA